AUGUCCAUCGUUGCGGUUAUCGGGGCCACCGGAGCUCAAGGAGGCUCGGUUGUCGACCAGCUCCUCCAAGAUCCAAAGUGGAAGGUCCGAGGCAUAACAAGAAAUGCGAAUAGUGCAAAAGCCAAAAACCUGGCAGAGAAGGGGGUCGAGGUCGUAACCGCCGACGUCAACGAUGAGUCCAGCCUGGUCAAAGCCUUCGAAGGAGCAGCAGCAGCUUUCGUUGUGACGACUUACUGGGAGUCCAUCCCAGCGUUGGGGCGUGAUGGCGCAGGGCAGGAGGAGCUCGACCAGCUGAAGAACCUCGCCAGGGCUGCGUCACAGUCCACCACUCUCAACCACUACGUCAUUAGCAGCUUGCCUCCCGCAGCCAAAGCCUCCAACGGGAGGCUGAAGGUUCCUCACCUUGACUACAAGCAACAGGCCAUAGACUGGAUGAUCGAGAACACUCCUGAGUUGUGGUCGAAGACAACAGAGUUCUGGCUGGGUUGGUACACCUCGAACCUGGCUUUCUUACCAACGAUGAGAUUCACUCCAAUUCCAAUGUCCGCAGGGUAUGCGUUCAUCGUUCCGUCGUCCCCGUCCGGCAUACUCCCCAUCUCUGGCGACGCCCAGACCAACUCCGGCAUUGUCGUUCGCGGAAUCCUGAACUCUGGUGCCAAAGCCUACGGGAAGGUUGCAAUUUGUGUCACGGAUUACAAACCCAUGGCCCAGUUGGUAGACGUAUUCGAGAAGGUUACUGGCAAGCUAGCCGUGUACUUUGAGAUAUCCGACAGCGAUAUGGCCAAAAUCUGGGGAGAUUUUGGUGCGGAGCUAGCGGCUCAGUUGAGGUUCAGCGAGGAGUUUCCUGAUUGGAGUUCGCUUGCAUCUGGGAGAAUCAUUUCACUGGACGAGCUUGGUGUUGAGGGCAAGUUGGUAAACUUUGAGCAGGCGCUGACGGCGUUGAAGGAUCAGAUCGUUUGA